AUGAUAGGCGUGUUGGAAGAACAAUUGGGUUUGACUUUGCAGGGAUCACUGACAUUUGGGGAUGUGGCUGUGGCCUUUACCCAGAUUGAAUGGAAACACCUGGAUGCUGCUCAGCGGGCCCUGUACACGGAUGUGAUGCUGGAAAACUAUGGGAAUCUGGUGUCAGUGGGGCUUCUCUCUUCCAAACCCAAACUAAUCACCCAGUUGGAGCAAGGGUCAGAGCCAUGGAUGGAAGUACAGCAAGUUCCAUCAGGUACUUGUUCAGUCCAGGAGUACUGGUUUGAAACAAAGGUGUCCACCCUAAAGCAAAAUACCUCUGAAGGAUCUGAUCUGGGAGAACAAACAAAAAUUGACAUGAUGGAGAGAGGCCUGGACUGGGAGGGCAGAAGUUCCUCAGAGAAGACACAUUAUAAAUGUGAGGAAUGUGGGAAAGUCUUCAAAUAUAAUUCCUCCUUUAUUAGCCACCAGAGAAAUCAUACUGGUGAGAAACCCCAUAAAUGUAAUGAAUGUGGGAUAGCCUUUAUGAGCAGCUCAUCCCUUUUAAAUCAUCGUAAAAUCCACACAGGCAAGCAACCCUAUAGAUGUAUUGAAUGUGGGAAAUUCCUUAAGAAGCACUCAACAUUUGUUAAUCAUCAGAAAAUUCAUUCUAGAGAGAAACCUCAUAAAUGUAAUGAAUGCGGAAAAGCUUUUGGAAAGAACUCUAUCCUUUUACGUCAUCAGAGAAUUCAUACUGGUCAGAAGCCCUACAAAUGUAAUGACUGUGGGAAAGCCUUUGCUCAGAAUGUAGCCCUUACUCGUCAUGAGAGAAUACAUAGUGGAGAGAAGCCUUUUACAUGUAAGGAAUGUGGGAAAGCUUUUAGGGAUAACUCAACUGUGUUGGAACAUCUGAAAAUCCAUACUGGUGAGAAACCGUAUCAAUGUAAUGAAUGUGGAAAAACCUUUAGGAAGAGCUCAACACUUGUUAGUCAUCAAAGAAUGCAUACCGGAGAGAAACCCUAUCACUGUAGUAAGUGUGGAAAAUCUUUCAGGUAUAGCUCAUCCUUUGCUGGACAUCAGAAAACUCAUAGUGGAAAUAAACCCUAUCAAUGUAAUGACUGUGGGAAAGUCUUUACGAAGAGCUCAACCCUUAUUGGACAUCAGAGAAUUCAUACUGGAGAAAAGCCCUAUCACUGUAAGAAAUGUGGGAAAUCCUUCAGACAUAGCUCUGGCCUUGUGGAACAUCAGAGAAUCCAUACCGGAGAAAAACCUUAUGAAUGUAAUGCAUGUGGGAAGGCUUUUCCUCAGAGUUCAGCCCUUAAACAACAUAAGAAAAUGCAUAACAAAGAAAGAGCCAUCAAAUGUAAUUAGUGUGGUAAAUCAGGCAAAAGUAAUUAUUCUUUUUGACCGUCAAAGGGGAGACAUUCGACAAAUCACACACUUAACAAAAAUAGUCUGCGUACCUCUAUCCUGGAGAAUUUCUCAGUUGUGAGGAUGUUCACUGUAGUAUGGUUUGUAUUAGUGAAAUAUUUGAAGAACCUAAAUGUUUAUCAAUAUGGAAAUAGUUACUAUAGAACACUAUGUAGCAAGUAAAAAGAAUGAAGUAGAGCUCUAUAGAGAGCCAUAGAAAUAUCCCCAUACCUUGUUCCAGUUAAAAAAAAGUAAGUUGCAGAAAAUCCACAUAUUGUGGUCCAAUUUACAUUUUAAGAAAUGAAGCUAUUUUGUUUAUAUGUAUAUAUCCUAUGUAUUCAAAAAGAUCUAGUAAAAUAA